ACAACUUCUCCAAUCCAGCAAUUUCCAUCUGCCACCAGUUUGACGAAGUCUCGCAAUGGCAAUAGGCAUGAAGCAGAAGCAGAAUGCGAAAACCAGUUCACAGGAAACACCCCUGUCGUCGACGAGUUUGUCUACUAUAACUUCUAAGACGUCCAUCAACAAUGAUUCUUCUGCAUCAUACACCAGCCAAAGCAUUGAGAGCGCCCACGCCACCACACAAAACCUUACAAGCAUACACAUUACGACUACGGAGAACGACGGUCAUUGCGUAUCAAUAGAGUCUCCCAAGCUCUGGUAUUUUGGUACCAACACCUGGGUAGCUCACCCGCACGAGAUUCCUGUGCCCUCAAACUUGAUUUCCAAGUGGCCUGAGAUCAAAGAACGAUUGGUAGUCGAUCUCCAAGACGUCAGAACGGAGAUGAUGGCAGAGCAAGCCAGAGAAAGACGUCGUUGCAAAAGAGAGCCAAAAAGGCGACACAUCGUUCCAGAGAUGAGGAUGUCUGGACGCCGGAACAAUCUCUUUUCGGAUUCGGUUACGAUCUCUCCCUGUGUCUGGAUCUUGUGCGGGAGCAAAUCAUGCCGGGACAAGGUACGACGCAUCGUUAAGACUUUGACCCUCCCAAUCAACUUCGUUCAGCAACCGGUAGAAGUCCACGACGGCGCCCCUGAGUUCAAUGCAACUCGAGCCUCCAUUCCCUUGUCUCAAUUACAGCGCGACCUUGACAUGGACAUGGGAUUGAGACAUCUUGGAGGCGUCAUCCUACACCAUAUGGAAGCAGCAGGGGGGCCUGGCAAGCACCAAUCUGCAUGUGGCUUGCUGUGCUGUGCUACGUUUUUGAACAACGGCAAAGUCUUGAAGCAACGUGUAUCAAGAGUUGGAGGGCUAUUGGCCCUUGACAAUAUUGAGUGUCCCAUUGCGAUGACGACCUCACAUGGCAUCUUCGACUGUCUCUGGCUCGACAAACAAGAAAUCGAAAUGCCAGCACGCCCAGGGAGUCCUCUUGCCGAUACGCUUUUAUUAAACAACGAUGACGACUUUACAUACGCGUCAAUCUCUGAGUCUGAUUCUGACUCUGAAAUCGACACAGACGAUGGUACAGUCAACCUUGGGAGUGGCAAAGAUAAGGCUGUUCGCGGAUCGUGCGAGCAUCGGUCUCUUUUGGGGAGAAAAGAUGCCUCAAAGGUAGACAAAUGGAUUUCCCUCGACGAAAUAGUUGGGAUCAAGUUCAUUGGGCAGCAAUUUCCCGGCCGAGAAGAUGAUCCUGGUGUGUCUAGACCAGGCGAUUAUGCCUUGCUAAGAUCAAACACUCUGCAAGACCUUCGAAAUCUUCUCUCAGUACCUGAAAACAUUGAGAUAGUCUUGAACACGAAGAAGGAGGAGUUGCUGGAAGGACCGUUGACAAUGGUUUUCGGGGCUGACAACUUGUUGGAAGUAGUUUUACUCCCCGAGUCAGCGACAAUGCCCUCUGAGAGAGGAGAUUUACCGGUGCGAAAAGUGCAGCUGCCGGCACCCCUAGCACCUGGUACUUCAGGCACUUGGAUAGUGAAGGGUACAUCGCUUGUCGGAAUGGUCGUCGCAGCAUAUCCGGGUCAACCAUUGGCGAUGUUUAUGACAGCCGAAGACAUCCUGCAGAGUAUCGCUGAAUCGUUUCCACAAGUCCAAGAAGCAGCGUACUGGAGACAAGUAGCAUCCCUCUCUGGCACCAAAAACAGGCAAUGGGGCAAUUCAGAGCGUUCGACAAAACAUGCGGAUGAAACAGAAAGCUCUCUUGGCAUCUCCACGGUUGGAACAUUCAGCGUUGGAGCGGAAACUGAACUAACUAGCCUUCCAUCGGUCCUAGAUCAGCCACUGUCGGUAGCUAAAGAAGAGCGCACAAAGAUAAAGCCACAGCAAAAGAACAAAUCACAACGCGUUCCCACGGAGCACAAGGCUACAGGAAAAGUUCCAGGGAAAUUGCGUGUGGAGAAAAACCAUAGCAAGACCAGUUCUUCCAAAAGUAGUUCAAAACGCGCACCGGUAUACGUAAAUGUGUGGUACUGUGAUGCCUGUCGCUAUGGACCCCUGAAUCCUUAUUCAGAUGCGCAUUGCGCUAAUUGUGGGCACCAACGAUGUUAUGACUGUACAACGACAGUCAUGAAACAGAAUCCUGGCUGUUAGUUAACUAAAGGGGGUCCAAAACAGCAUAGGAGAAGUGAUUUGAUUUCCAACAGAAAGCAGUUCAAGGACCGCAUGCGUAGGUCUUUGAACUCGGACGCCAUCUAGAGUUUGACAAACGUCCCAAAUUUUGAAUCCAACGUACUGGAAAUCUAGAAACACAAUUUAU